UUAAAUUCCUGCAAAAUGUCAUCGACAAAAUUCUUUUUAUUGAUUACAACCGGCGUGAGCUUAUUGGGAUUAUGCAUCUACUAUGACCGAAAACGUUUGAGCGAUCCGCAGUACAAAAGGAAGCUGCACGAGCGUCGUCUACGGAGGGUUGUAGAACAGAAGGAUUCUCAGAUAUCGGUACAUGAGCAGACAGUGAGGCAGCAGCAUGUUCAGCACCGUCUCCAGUUGGAGCUGUUUAUUUGGAUGCCUGCCGUCAAAUGUCUGGCCCAUCCGACGGUCCUCAAGCAGUUGUUUCAUUCGGAGCUGGAGCUGGGGGAUCAACUUAUGCAUAAAGGUCACCUAAGCAAGGGUCUAACGCACUUGGCCAAAGCCAUUAUGCUGUGCAGGCAGCCAGCCAUCCCUCUGCAUAACCUCCAAGCGACCAUGCCAAAAGCGUUGCUCCAGCCGCUGAUCAUACGAGUGUCAGAGUUUCUGGAGGAGAAUCGACAGUACCGCGAGAUGCUAAAGUUGUUCUCUUCUAGUGAUGCUGACGAGGGGAUUAGCAAUGGCAAAGCAUGGUGAUCUAACCCUAGCUUC